AUGGCACCCAUUCCGCACCCCUUGUCCGCCCUGUCUCCGGAAGAGACCAACCGGGCGCGAGACAUUGUUCUUGCAGCGCACGGCGGAUCAGUCCUGGACUUCAGAGUGAUUUACCUGUGGGAGCCGCCAAAAGCAGAUGUGACCAAGUUCCUGGAGCUCGAGCACUCUGGUAAACUCACAGCCUCCUCACCGAGACCAGCGAGAUGCGCACAAGCCUUUUACGAUGUCAUUGGCGGCGCCAGCAAAGCCCAGUAUACCGAGUCGAUUGUAGACUUGGGCCUGGGAAAGAUCGUUGACCAGAAGGUCAUUGGUUCCGAGCACCAAGCAAGUCUGACUGUCUAUGAGUUCGAGACCCUCGCUCAAGCUGUCGAGCGUUCCCCGCUCUUCAAGGAGAAGAUCGCGGAGCUCCAGCUGCCAGAGGGCUUCGAGGUCGUUGUCGAACCGUGGCCCUAUGGCGCACCCGAUGCCGCGGACGGAGACAGCCGCUUCUUCCAGGCCCUAAUCUUCGCCCGUGACACGAGGAGCGGCAACCCGGACUCCAACUUCUACGCCUACCCCCUGCCCCUCAUCCCCGUCAUGAAUGCGCACACCAAGGAGAUUGUGCGCAUCGAUGAGCUGGCUACCGGUGGUAAGGGCGACGCCCUCCAGGGCAAGACACAUAAGCCCACCAUUGUCGACCACUGCCAGGAGAGCGAGUACGUCCCUGAGCUGUUGCCCAACGGCACGCGCAAGGACUUGAAGCCCUUGACUGUUGUUCAGCCCGAGGGUCCUAGUUUCUCCAUCACGGAUGGCAACCUCAUUGAGUGGCAGAAAUGGCGCAUGCGUGUUACCUUUAACCCUCGUGAGGGUGCUGUUGUUCACGAUGUUCGCUAUGAUGGACGUCCGGUUAUGUACCGUCUCAGCAUGAGCGACAUGACUGUACCUUAUGCUGAUCCUCGCCCACCUUUCCACCGCAAGCAAGCCUUUGACUUUGGUGAUGGUGGUCUUGGCAAUGCAGUCAACAACUUGACCCUUGGCUGUGACUGCCUUGGUGUCAUCAAGUACUUUGAUGGUGUUCUCACCGACGCCAAGGGAAGUGCCGUCGAGACCAAGAACGUCAUCUGCCUUCACGAGCAGGACAACGGUAUCAACUGGAAGCACACCAACUGGCGCACCGGCCGUGCCGUCGUCACCCGCCGCCGUGAGCUCGUCAUCCAGUUCAUCAUCACUCUCGCCAACUACGAGUACAUCUUCAACUUCAAGUUCGACCAAGCGGCCGGCAUCGUCGUCGAAGCCCGUGCCACGGGUAUUGUCUCCGUCGUCAACAUUGAUCCCGGCAAGACCGCCCCCUGGGGCAACGUCGUCAGCCCGGGCGCCCUGGCGCAGAACCACCAGCACGUCUUCUGCGUGCGCAUCGACCCCUCCGUCGACGGCAACGAGAACACGGUCGUGCAAGAGGAGAGUCUGCCGCUCAAGAUGGACCAGCGGACGAACCCCAACGGCAACCUGUACGAGGUCAGGCAGACGCCGAUCACGACGUCGGCGGGCUUCGAUGCCGCCCCGAUGAACAACCGCGUCUUCAAGAUCCAGAACCUCAGCAAGCCGAACCCCAUCAGCGGCAAGCCCGUCGGAUACAAGAUCACGCCGCCGGCGACGCAGCUUCUGCUCGCCGACCCCAACAGCGUGCAGUCCAAGCGUGCGCUGUUCGCGCGCCACCACCUCUGGGUUACCAAGUACAAGGACCACGAGCUAUUUGCAGGCGGUCGGUAUACCCUGCAGAGCAAGCUCGAAGUUGGAGGUGUCAGCGAUGCUGCUGACAGGAACGAGGACGUCCUGAACCAGGAUGUUGUCGUCUGGAGCGUGUUUGGUCUGACGCACAACCCUCGUAUCGAGGAUUGGCCUGUCAUGCCCGUCGAGAUGCUGCAAUUGCACAUUACCCCCUCUGAUUUCUUCACUGGAAACCCUGCGCUCGAUGUGCCUUCAAACAAGGACAUUGGCUCUCAAUUGACUUCGGGCAACCAGAGCUGUUGUGCUGAGAAGGAGGCCCCUAUUAAGAGCAACUUGUAA